CAAAACAACAUAAACUUGAUCAAGAUAUUAUUGAUUUAAUUAAACAAAAAUUAACUACUGUUAAUUUAUUUAUUCAAGAUUUAUAUCAAUUAUAUAAUACAAAUUAUUCACAAGCUAGAUUAGUAAUUCAACAACUAACAGCAAAUAAUAAAAUU